AUGGGAAACAUUCAGUCUUUCAUCGACCUUGCCGUCACCCGGUGGCCGACCCUCCUUGCUAUCGUAGUUGUCUGCCUCACAGCUGCUUUCGGCCCAACCAUCAACCGUACUAUUCUACUAUGGGGUUUGCCCGUCGUGGGAGAUGGAAAUGCAGAAAAGCGAAGAAUGGCAUACCUAGCCGGAGCCAGGAAGCUCUACUCUGACGGAUACCAAAAGUUCAAAGAUGGAGUCUUCAUGAUUACCACCAGCAGAUCGUCUCCGAUUGUGGUCAUCUCUCCCAAAUUCCUUCCAGAACUGCACAAGCUCCCCGAUUCAGUCGUGAGCAUGGAUGCCGCCGUUGACGAGACGAUGGAAACGAAGUACACCAAGAUCGAGACAUCGGUUCCCAUCAUUCCUCACACCAUCAAGGGAGAUUUGACUCCCUCACUGAACCGCCUCAAUCCCACCAUCGCUCAGGAGGUCCGAGAAGUCCUCCAGCUCUCCAUCCCAUCCUGCGAUGACUGGACAGAAGUCAACAUCCACCACAGCCUCCUCCGCAUCGUAGGCAUGGUCUCAGGUCGCGUCUUCAUCGGCCCUGAGCUCUGCCGGUCCGAAAAAUAUCUCGACGCAGCAAUCAACUACACGAUGGAGGUCAUGGGCGCACAACGCGCCGUGCAGCAGAUGCGUCCUUGGCUACGACCGUUCCUUGCGUCGAGGCUGCCUGCGGUCAAGCGCCUGGACCAAAGAAUCGCAGAGGCCGAGGAGUUUCUUAAUCCAAUCGUUAAGCAGAGGACCGAGACCGUGGCCGAUCCUUCCGUCGAGAAGCCGGAUGACAUGCUCCAGUGGCUCAUGGACAGAAAGGACAAGUUUCCUGAUAAGAACAGCCAGAACCUCGCCAAGGUGCAGCUCGGUCUGACCUUUGCGGCUAUCCAUACGACGACUUUGACUGCUACCAAUGCAUUCUAUGACCUGGCGGCUAUGCCUGAUGUGCAAAAGGAACUCCGAGUUGAGAUUCGCGAGGCUCUCUCUCAGACCUCGGGUGUUUUCACUAGCCAAGCUUUGCAGAACAUGAAGAAGAUGGAUAGCUUCCUCAAGGAGGUGCUCCGCUUGCAUCCCGCCACCAUGGCCUCCUUCCAACGCAAGGUUCUUCAACCAUUCACUCUAUCCAACGGCCAAAAGAUCCCAGAAGGCGUCACAAUAGAGAUCCCCGCCGUCGCCAUCAGCGCCGACUCAAGCGUCUUCCCCAGAGCCGACAAGUUCGACCCCCUAAGGUUCUACAAGCUCCGACAACAGGCCAAGGAUGACGGGUCGGCUGAGAAGGCGGCGCUGCAUCAGUUUGUCAGUGUGAACCAGAGCAGCCUGACAUUUGGCUUUGGUAGACACGCUUGCCCUGGUCGGUUCUUUGCUGCGAAUGAGAUCAAAAUGAUUUUGGCGAACGCGAUUUUGCAGUAUGAUAUCAAGUUGGUUGAUGCGACGGAGAGGUAUCCCAACAUUGAGUUUGCGCACAUGUCCAUCCCUGAUCCCUCUCGCAAGCUCUUAUUCAAGGAAAUUGAAGUUUAA